AUGGCUUACGGAGUUGAGAACGCUUUGGCUGUCUGUUGUUUUAUGACACCUGAAUAUCAAGAGUCAAAAAACUGUCAGAAAGAACUGCUGUAUGCUGAUGAACAAAACGUUCCGAUAAUUCCAUGUCGAAUUCGCAGCGAUUGGAAGCCAUCAUCGUGGCUUGGUAUGUGUACCGCAAAACUCAUAUGGGUAGAUUUUCGUGAUACAACAGAAAAAAGUAUUGAAAUGAAAAUAGACAAAUUGGUUGAUCAUUUGAACUCAGUCAUCGGUGAAGAUCAACUGUACAAUUCUGCUACAGUUCCUGAAUUACCAACAAAACAAUUUGCACAUCUAGCCAUAAGCAAUAAGAGCAAAAGCGGUGUUUUACGAAAAACGUUUUUAAUCGGUAACACUCACAAAGAAUUAACUCGUAAAACUGCACAUGGUAAUACAUCUGAAUGGACAUUUUUUGUCAGACCUCCUUCUAGUGACCGAGAUUCAAUUGAAACGUAUAUUAAGCGAAUACGAGUGUAUCUACACAAAACGUUUAGCCCGCCAUUGGUUAUUCUUGAUCGUUCUCCAUUUGAAAUAACACGAACAGGUUGGGGUGAAUUCGAAAUAAGAGUGAUUAUUGAAUUUCAAGAUGAAUGGCACCAUGAAGAUUUGGAAAUAUUUUGGAAUUUGACCUUACGUGAUAAUGAAAGCUAUGAAGAAGUGGAUGUGGAAUUUGACUCUUAUUUUUGUAUAUCGGCUGCAGAUGAGACACGCGUGAAAUCGCCCGAUAAAGCUGCCGAUACAUCGUACAAUGUAUUGGGCGAUGCAUCGUGGGAUAUAUCGAUCGAUUCAUCUGCUUGA